CUUGGGGCGGCCAGGUCUGCACCCCAGAAGUAACUGCAUGCCGGGUCCCUAGCCUGGGUGCCCAGUACUGUCCUGAACUCCAACAGGGCACCGAAGUUUACGUGAGUCCCGGAGGCAGUUCCUGGAUCGAGGCAUUUUUCCUCUUCCAGCAUGGCAUCCUCAACCCCUGAAGAACCUGGGAGUGCCUCCAGCAACUUCCUCCCCCAGAAUUCCAGUAACUACAUAUCCUUGGACUUUGAACCCAACGUGGAGUACCAAUUUGUGGAACAAUUAGAAGAACGUUAUAAAUGUGCAUCAUGCCAUUCUGUCCUUCACAACCCACAUCAGACUGGCUGUGGACAUCGAUUCUGCGAGAACUGUAUUUUAUCCUUGAGAGAACUAAAUGCAGUGUCCAUCUGUCCUGUGGACAAGGAGAUUAUCAAACCCCAGGAGGUGUUUAAAGAUAAUUGCUGCAAACGAGAAGUCCUUAACUUACAGGUUUUUUGCAAAAAUGCUCCCCGCUGUGCUGCCAAGAUGAUACUGGGGCGAUACCAGGAUCACCUUCUACAGUGUUUUUUUCAAUCUGUGCAAUGUUCUAAUGAGUGCUGUCAGGAAAGAGUCCUUCGAAAAGAUCUGAAAGACCACUUGGGCUUACAUUGUCAGUUUCGAGAGGAAACAUGUCCAUAUUGCAAAAAGGAUAUAAUGGUAAUCAAUGUACAGAAUCACAGGAAAAAUUUGCCUGACUACCCUAUAUCUUGUCCCAAUAACUGUUUACAGAUUAUCCAAGAAUUAAGAGUUGAUGAGCAUAUUACUGUGUGUCCUGAGGUGGAACAGGAAUGCCCCUACAAUUACGGCUGUCCUGUAAAGGACAAAAGGGUAAAUCUUAAGGAACAUGAGAAUUCUGCCUUGAGAGAACACAUGCUCCUGGUUUUAGAAAAGAAUUCCAGAUUAGAAGAACAGAUUUCUGACUUGCACAAGAACUUAGAAUUAAAAGAAAGUAAAAUUCAGCAGUUAAGUGAAACUGUGAAGAAAUUUGAAAAGGAAUUUAGGCAGUUUGUACAACUGUUUGGCAAAAAUGGUAACUUGCUGGCAAGUACCCAGGUUCUUGCCAGUCACAUUGAUAAAUCUGCUUGGUUGGAAACACAAGUAAGAGAGUUAUUAGAGGUGGCUAACAGGCAGCAAAACAAAUAUGAUCUAAGACCUCUGAUGAAUACAAUUGAUACUAUAAAGCAGAAGAUCACUCUGCUGGAAACCUAUGACCAGAGAUUGGUCACUUUGGAAGGCCAAACUAACAGACAUGAUGCCCACAUUAACAUCCAUAAAGCCCAGCUGAAUAAAAAUGAAGAGCGAUUUAAAAUGUUAGAGAGCACUUGUUAUAAUGGCAAAUUGAUAUGGAAGGUGACAGACUACAAGAUGAAAAAAAGAGAGGCAACAGAAGGACGCACAGUGUCCAUAUUCAGCCAACCUUUCUACACCAGCCGCUGUGGCUACCGACUCUGUGCAAGAGCUUACUUGAAUGGGGAUGGCUCAGGGAAAGGGACACACUUAUCACUGUAUUUCGUGGUAAUGAAAGGGGAAUUCGACUCAUUGUUGCAAUGGCCUUUCAAGCAGAGGGUUACCAUGAUGCUUUUGGACCAGAGUGGAAAAAAGAACCACAUUACAGAGAUCUUCAAGGCUGACCCCAAUAGCAGCAGCUUUAAAAGGCCUGAUGGAGAGAUGAACAUUGCAUCUGGCUGUCCUCGAUUUGUGGCACAUUCCACUCUGGAGAACACCAAGAACACCUACAUCAAAGAAGAUACACUAUUUAUGAAAGUAGUUGUAGAUUUAUCUGACCUUGAGGACCUGUAAAAAGUACCCCGAUUUAUUGUGCCUAUGAUGAGAGAAGCUCUUGGGUUCACAACAGUGACAAUCAGACAACUGCCAGAGUGAGCUGUAUUUCAACCCAUUACCAGGGUGCGUUUAGGUUUUUUUCUCUUAAUAUUUAAAAGCUAUAUAAAAGUGCCAAAGUUCUAACUUGUCUUUUCUUCUCAAUAGGCAGAAUGUAUGCCCUAUUUUGAUUGUUAGAACAUUUACUCUAUUCUAUUUCAUAUUGUGAUAUAACUUCUGAUGUGCAUACCUUUCUAUCCAAUUAGAUUGUGGGUUCCUUGAGGGCAGGAACUUUUGUAUCUUUAGUACCCACAAAGGUGUGUCUUGUUAUGUUUUUGGAUGGUGUUACUCAUGAUGACGAUAUGGUAAAAAUAUGUCUCCAGACCUGACAUUGCAACUGAAGAAAUGCCUGUCAUGACAAGUUACUCUUAUUUUGGAAAUGAGUGAUUUUACUACAAGACUAAGAUACCCAACUAGGACCAGACCCUUUUGGCCAAUGUGCUAAUAAACCUGUGAUUACUUGGGCUGUUUUUAAAUGUUUAUGAAGCUCUUCAGUAAUCUGUAAGCAUAGUAGUUUAAACCUACUGGAAGUAAGGUAAAUGGAUUGAACAUUUGCCUUUUCUUCCCAGACUAGAGCAAAAAAAUGCUGAAAGGCACAACAAUAGGGUGAUAGGAAGGUAUCCAGCUAAUAUUCAGCCCCAUACAAGGAACAGGAUGUUACUACCUUUAGUUGGAGGUUAAGAAUCUAUGGGUUAGGGGCAGCUAGAUGGCGCAGUGGUUAAAGCACCGGCCCUGACUUCAGGAGUACCUGAGUUCAAAUCCGGCCUGAGACACUUGACACUUACUAGCUGUGUGACCCUGGGCAAGUCACUUAACCCCCAUUGCCUGAAAAAAAAAAAAAAAAGAAUCUAUGGGUUAGUAGGAUGAGAAACACUUUGAAACUUCCAAUAAAUUACCUGGGAGACAGGGAUACUUAUAUAUAACGAAGAAAAUAGUGAAGAUAAGGAUGGUCUGGUCAUAUGAACAAAAGCCAGGGAUAAUCAGUGGUUCACAGUUCAUGUGCCCCAUUGGUAUCAUCACAGUGUCAAGAGAAAGCCAGGGUGACCCCCAGCAUAUUGAGUGGAUUCUUGGUGGUGAACUUAGGGGCGGACAUGGACAGGAGUAUGACAGGAUAGUAAGGCUUGGAUAGAUUGUGUGCCCCAAUAGGUGAGAUCACAGAUCCAUUUGAGUAUUGUUGAAGAAAAUACAAUGAGGAAAUUCCAAAAGGGCUUUAAAAUGAAAGAUCAGUUUCAUUUGGGCACUGAAAUUGAUUUUAAAAAUAGUAUACAUAUCAAAUACUGAUUUUAAAAAGUGAUAUAUUUUUUAAGAGGACUGUGGAAUUCAAAGCGUGGUGUAACGGAUAUUAUACUUGACUUAGGGUCAGGAAAGUCUGGGUUCAGAUCCCAACUCUUAACAUUUAUUAGCUAUUCGACCAUAGGCACGUCAUUUAUUUAUUAUUUUUUUUUGGUGAGGCAAUUGGGGUUAAGUGACUUGCCCAGGG